AUGAACCAGACAAAGGUCACUGGGGAGGAGAAGUCCACAGAAAAAGGAGUGGAAGCAACGGGAGCAUCACAGUUGGAUGCUACCAUUAGCGGAGUGACUGAGCAGGAUAAAAACGUGAACCUGACUCAUGCGGAAGCUGAAAAGUCAAAGGUCACCGAGGAGGAACUGGCUGAACUGGGACUGGAUGACCUUUCACUAAACGAUAAGACUGUCGGUGAUGACCUUUGGGCAACUCCAAUGGUCUCGGAUGAAUCGAAUGAAUCAUACUUCACGGAUGAUGAAGCGACGAUGAAUAUGUCCUUCCAGACUGCGAUGAAAGAAGCUGACCGUGCUGAAGGGAUGACAUCAUUCAAGGACAUACCCGAGUACCUUAUUGAACGGACACAAACAGGAAAGGUCAUCAAUGUUAGACCGCCAUCACCGAACAGUCCCACAACGACUUUGAGGACUCGCGUGAGGGAGUUGGAAAGCGAACUCGAAGCCAAGGAAAGUCAGGCAAUGAAACGAACAAAAGAAAACCGGGAUAAGCUGUCGUCACUGGAAGCGCGAAUUUAUGAAUUGGAACAACAACAAGUUGACCUGGAAAACGCAGCGGAUGAAUGGAAAAUCAAAUACGAACGUCAGAGAGAACUCGCGGAAGAAUAUUUGAAAAUGGCAGAUGACAGAGAAAUGGAAGGUCAUCUCGCGGUCGGUGACCUUAAUGAGAGUAUGUCAGAAGAAACAGCGGAAAGGUCACGGCACUUAGCCGAAUUGAAGGACGAAUGCGACUCGCUGAAACUAAAGGUCACCGAAGCUGAAACGAAAAGAGAUGAAUACGCAACAAAACUCGCCGAUGCUACUCAGCGACUGUUGACGAACACCACCGAAGUCUUCAAGCUCAGGAAUGACCUGAAGCUGCGCGACGAGAAUAUCGGGACCCUCCAGAAGGAGUCAUACGAUCACCAGCGAAGGGCUGAUGAAGCCGCUAAGGUGGCAAAGGACUUGCGAGAUCUUACAGCCACCGAAGGCGUACGGUUGAAAAAUGAAAUAAGACAGGUGAUGGAAGAGAACAAGGCGUUGAAGGAUGACAACAAGAAGGUCACUGAAGAGAAUACCGAGUUGAAAAAGACUGCUAAGACAAUCGCCGAGCAAGGCAUGAGGUGGGAACACGAGGCACACCUCUUGGAUGAAAAGGUCACAGUACUUGAAUUGAAAGAUAAGGAGUGGCAACAAUCAGUCCACCAGAAGACGCAGGAGAUUAUCAAGCUCAACACGGAGCUGAUUGAUAUGACCCAAACGGUGAUGACAAGAGAAGAUGAGGUCACCCAGACGAAAAACCAACUGAAAGCAGCAGUCGAGGAAUACACGAAGCUGGAAAGGGAUGUGACCCAGUUGGCGGAACACAUUAAAAAAGUGGAGAAUGACACUGAAAAGGUCGUUCAGGAGAAGACUUUCCAACUCCACCAACAUAUGUUAAAGGUCAAGGAGGAGAAUCAGAACUUGAAAACGGAGAAAGAGGAAGUCCAGUUGAAAGUCCGUCGCCUUGAGGACGAGAAUAAGGCGCUUGUUAUGUCUAAUAAGCACAAAGAUGAACAGCUUCUGCAAUAUGGGGUCAGGACUUCAACAGUGGAGUCGCCCCCGCCCAGUUACAGCAAGGCAAAGAGAAUCAUUACUGAAAAACAGGCCGUGGGCUUCUUAAUCGAAGGAUGUAGAGUGGACAAUGAACUCUACAAAGCCCUGCGUACACAAAAGUGCAGAACGCCAACCGACGUGAAGGACUUCUUCCGACAUUGGGCAACGGGAGAGGAAAAGUACAAGGCGCCUAAAGGUCAACGUAACCAAGAUUACGUGACGAUCCGCCAAGGCCAGGUGGAGAAUGUACCACAACAGAGAAUGGUGGCUGCACCAGCCCAGCAGCAAAUGGAAUUCCGCGCGGAAACCCCUGUAAGAGAGGUCACCGAAAGAGUGACCUUUAUCGAUGGCCAGACGGGGCAGCCGAUAACAUACGCGAUGGUGGCGGCGAUACAAGCGGCGGCCCAAGAAACGGGAAUAAUGGAAAUGGCGGCGGCCAGAAUGGUGGCUACGGCCGUGGUGGCUACGGCCGCGGAGGCUUCAGAGGAAGAGGCAGAGGCUUCGGCCGCGGAAAUUGGAAUGGCGGCAACCGAAAUGGCGGAAACGGAGGUGGCCAAGGAAACUACCAACAGGGUGGUGGCCAAAAUAAUGGUGGUGGCCAGAGUAACGGAGGCGGACAAAAUUAUGUCCCG